AUGUACUCGGGAGCCGGCCCCGCGCUCGCGCCUCCUGCUCCGCCACCGCCACCCAUCCAAGGAUAUGCCUUCAAGCCUCCACCCAGACCCGACUUCGGGACCUCCGGGAGAACAAUCAAGUUACAGGCCAACUUCUUUGAAAUGGACAUUCCAAAAAUUGACAUCUAUCACUAUGAGUUGGAUAUCAAGCCAGAGAAAUGCCCAAGGAGAGUUAACAGGGAAAUAGUGGAACAUAUGGUUCAGCACUUUAAAACACAGAUCUUUGGGGAUCGGAAACCAGUGUUUGACGGAAGGAAGAAUCUCUACACAGCGAUGCCCCUUCCGAUCGGGAGGGAUAAGGUGGAGCUGGAGGUCACGCUGCCGGGAGAGGGGAAGGACCGCAUCUUCAAGGUGUCCAUCAAGUGGGUGUCCUGCGUGAGCUUACAGGCGUUACACGAUGCACUUUCGGGGCGGCUGCCCAGCGUCCCCUUCGAGACGAUCCAGGCCCUGGAUGUGGUCAUGAGGCAUCUGCCGUCCAUGAGGUACACCCCCGUGGGCCGCUCCUUCUUCACGGCAUCUGAGGGCUGCUCCAAUCCUCUGGGCGGGGGCCGAGAGGUGUGGUUUGGAUUCCAUCAGUCUGUCCGGCCUUCUCUCUGGAAGAUGAUGCUGAAUAUCGACGUCUCGGCAACAGCGUUCUAUAAGGCACAGCCAGUCAUUGAGUUUGUUUGUGAAGUCUUGGAUUUUAAAAGUAUUGAAGAACAACAGAAACCUCUGACAGAUUCCCAAAGGGUCAAGUUUACCAAAGAAAUCAAAGGUCUAAAGGUGGAGAUAACGCACUGCGGGCAGAUGAAGAGGAAGUACCGCGUGUGUAACGUGACCCGGCGGCCGGCCAGCCACCAGACGUUCCCGCUGCAGCAGGAGAGCGGGCAGACGGUGGAGUGCACGGUAGCCCAGUACUUCAAGGACAGGCACAAGCUGGUUCUGCGCUACCCCCACCUCCCGUGUUUACAAGUCGGACAGGAGCAAAAACACACCUACCUUCCCCUGGAGGUCUGUAACAUAGUGGCGGGACAGAGAUGUAUAAAAAAGCUGACCGACAAUCAGACCUCAACCAUGAUCAGAGCGACUGCCAGGUCAGCCCCCGAUCGGCAGGAAGAGAUUAGCAAGCUGAUGAGAAGUGCCAGUUUCAAUACAGAUCCAUAUGUUCGUGAAUUUGGAAUCAUGGUCAAAGAUGAGAUGACAGACGUGACCGGACGGGUCCUCCAGCCGCCCUCUAUCCUCUACGGGGGCAGGAAUAAGGCAAUUGCCACCCCUGUCCAGGGCGUGUGGGACAUGAGGAACAAGCAGUUCCACACGGGCAUUGAGAUCAAGGUGUGGGCCAUCGCCUGCUUUGCCCCCCAGCGCCAGUGCACGGAGGUGCACCUCAAGUCCUUCACGGAGCAGCUCAGAAAGAUCUCAAGAGAUGCGGGCAUGCCCAUCCAGGGCCAGCCGUGCUUCUGUAAAUACGCCCAGGGGGCAGACAGCGUGGAGCCCAUGUUCCGGCACUUGAAAAACACGUAUGCUGGCCUGCAGCUGGUGGUGGUCAUCCUGCCGGGGAAGACCCCCGUUUACGCCGAGGUCAAGCGUGUGGGAGAUACCGUGCUGGGCAUGGCCACGCAGUGUGUGCAGAUGAAGAACGUGCAGAGGACCACGCCGCAGACUCUGUCUAACCUCUGUCUGAAGAUCAACGUCAAACUGGGCGGCGUGAACAACAUCCUGCUGCCACAGGGGAGGCCUCCGGUGUUCCAGCAGCCUGUCAUCUUUCUGGGGGCGGAUGUUACUCACCCCCCCGCUGGGGACGGGAAGAAGCCAUCUAUCGCCGCUGUCGUGGGCAGCAUGGACGCCCACCCGAACCGCUACUGCGCCACCGUGCGCGUACAGCAGCACCGCCAGGAGAUCAUCCAGGAUCUGGCGGCCAUGGUGCGCGAGCUGCUCAUCCAGUUCUACAAGUCCACGCGCUUCAAGCCCACCCGCAUCAUCUUCUACCGCGACGGCGUCUCCGAGGGGCAGUUCCAGCAGGUUCUCCACCACGAGUUGCUGGCCAUCCGUGAGGCAUGCAUUAAGCUAGAGAAGGACUACCAGCCAGGCAUCACAUUCAUCGUGGUCCAGAAGAGACACCACACACGGCUCUUCUGCACAGACAAGAACGAGAGGGUUGGGAAGAGCGGAAACAUUCCAGCAGGCACAACCGUGGACACGAAAAUCACCCACCCGACCGAGUUUGACUUCUACCUGUGUAGUCAUGCUGGCAUCCAGGGAACAAGCAGGCCCUCCCACUACCACGUGCUGUGGGAUGACAAUCGCUUCUCCUCCGACGAGCUGCAGAUCCUCACCUACCAGCUGUGUCACACCUACGUGCGCUGCACGCGUUCCGUGUCCAUCCCGGCCCCAGCGUACUAUGCUCACCUGGUGGCCUUCCGGGCCAGGUACCACCUGGUGGACAAAGAACAUGACAGUGCUGAAGGAAGCCACACCUCCGGGCAGAGUAACGGACGCGACCAUCAGGCGUUGGCAAAGGCCGUGCAGGUCCACCAGGACACGCUGCGCACCAUGUACUUUGCUUGA